CCGUCAUAUUUAUUGGCACUACCUCCACAAGUGGACAGACGAUCACCGCAAUCGAAAAUGAAACCAGCUUCUGCUUAUUUCUCCCCCCACAACCUGGUGGCGGCAUCUCUGAUCAUGAAGAUGAUGCUGUCGUAUUCUGCACAACAACAGUGUCCUCUGCACCCGGUGCCGGCCUUCUUCCCAGUGGAUUCAUUAAGACGGCUCACUUUGCUGCUGGAAAUGGAUACGUUCAAGUUACUGGUACAAUAGACAGAUCAAAAUACGAACUGAGUGCGAGUGACGGAGGCGGUCAGUAUGAUAGUGUAGGCGCUCCUCCCGGAGCCACCUGCGCUAAUAGCAACAAAUUUGUGGAAUUGAUUGAACCCGAUGCGGAAUUAUUCUGUAUCCGUUGCUGCACUAACAAAAGAAAGUGUAACACGGGGAAAAGUACUGCGGGAUGUCAGAAAGUUAUCCCUGGCGAUUACAGCUAA